CGUUGAUAAUGUAUAUGUACCACAUGGGUUAAAUAUUGUAGUGAUAUUUUAAUAAUUCUUUUAAGUAUUAUAAUAUAGUUCCACAAUUUUUAGGUGGAUUAAGUAAACAUGAGUCGUUUCUUUGCUGGUUCAGACUCCGAAUCGGAUAGCUCGUCCGAGGAGGAGCAGAUCCCGCGCCCCCAAGUUCCCGUCUAUACGUUCAGUGAUGACGAGGAAGAAGUUAAACGAGUUGUCCGAUCUGCAAAGGUCAAACGUUAUGAGGAACUCACAAACAUCAUCAAACAGAUUCGGAAUUUUAAGAAAAUCAAGGAUAUGUCCAGCAUGUUGAACAGCUUUGAAGAGUUGCAAAAAGCCUACGUCAAAGCCGCUCCUGUAGUACUGAAAGAGGAAAACGGUCAGACCCCCAGAUUUUUCGUGAGAUGUUUGGCAGAAAUGGAGGAUUUCAUCAACGAAAUGUGGGAGGACAGAGAUGGAAGGAAAAACCUGAGCAAGAACAAUAGUAAAUCUCUUGGUUCUAUGAGACAAAAACUCAGGAAGUACCUCAAAGAAUUCGAGGAAGAUAUUGCGAAAUUCAGGGAAAAUCCAGAACAGCCUGACGAUGAAGAGGAAGAGGAAAAACAGGAACCUGAAGUCGAUUCUGAUACCGAGCUGCCAACAAAGUCCCAGUUUACGAAGGCGCCGCCUAAGCAGAUCAUCGAAGCCAAAGAUGAGUCUUCCGAUUCUGACGACUGGCCGUCGGACUCCGAUUCUAGUUCCGAAUCUUCCGAUGAUGAAAACAUUUACACGAGUAUGAGGGAGAAGUUCUUGAAAAGACCUGGAGCCAUUCACGAGGAUGACGAAGAAAAGGAACGCAGGAAGGAGGAGAGAAGGAAGGACCGUAAAGAGAAAGAACGAAGGAAGAAGCAGAAAGAUGAGGAGGAGGACGGCGAAGGGGAGUGGGAGACUGUGCAACGCGGGGUCGCUAUUCCAAGUGAAAAACCCAAAAUGUUUGCAAAGGAUGCCGAAAUCGACUUGAACCUCGUCAUAAAAAAACUGAGUGAGAUCAUGGCCGCUAGGGGCAAAAAACGCACUGACCGUCGCGAGCAAAUCGAACUACUGCACGAGUUACAGAACGUGUCAGAUCAACACCAGCUGGGCCCUGCAAUUUACGUCAAAAUCAAACUCGCUAUUAUCUCUGCCGUAUUCGACUACAACCCUAAGGUCUCUGAUGCCAUGAAACCGGAAUACUGGCUGAAAUUACUAGAGCGAAUGUCCGAAUGCUUAGAUCUUCUUCUGAGCAACCCGCAGUUGGUUGUUUCCGAUUCGAUCACCGAGGAAACGGAGAACCUAGAGGAAGCCCCUUACCGAAUCAGGGGCUGCGUGUUAACAUCGGUUGAACGUCUGGAUGACGAGUUUACGAAACUAUUAAAAGAGUGCGACCCGCACAGCAACGAGUACGUCGAACGGCUCAAGGACGAGGCGAAGGUAUCCAGCAUCAUCGACAGGACGAUGAAAUACCUGGAACGCUCUAACGUCCCGUCUGAACUCUGCAGGAUUUACCUCAGGAAGAUCGAACAUCUGUACUACAAGUUCGAUCCUAGGGUGUUGCAACAAAAAGCCGGUGAUCCCUCAGUACCGAAGGAUGUCGUUACGUCCGUGCAGGAGAUGGAGAAGCUCUGCAAGUACAUCUACGCCAAGGAUAGCACCGACAGGCUCCGUACUAGGGCCAUCUUGUCGCACAUCUACCACCACGCGUUGCACGACAACUGGUUCCAGGCUAGGGAUCUGGUGCUCAUGUCGCACUUGCAGGAGACCAUCCAGCAUUCCGAUCCCAGCACCCAGAUCUUGUAUAACCGUACCAUGGCUCACCUGGGGCUCUGCGCUUUCCGUCAUGCUAAUAUCAAGGACGCGCACAGCUGUUUGGUGGAUCUGAUGAUGACGGGAAAACCGAAGGAGCUGUUGGCACAAGGUCUCUUGCCUCAACGUCAGCACGAACGAAGCAAGGAACAGGAAAAGAUAGAAAAACAACGCCAAAUGCCCUUCCACAUGCAUAUAAACUUGGAAUUGCUCGAAUGCGUUUACCUCGUAUCAGCCAUGCUCAUCGAGAUCCCUUACAUGGCGGCGCACGAAUUUGACGCUAGACGCAGGAUGAUUUCCAAAACAUUCUACCAACAACUCCGCAGUUCCGAACGUCAGAGUCUCGUUGGCCCUCCAGAGAGCAUGCGCGAGCAUGUAGUUGCCGCGGCCAAAGCCAUGAGGAAUGGGAACUGGUCCGCGUGCAACAAUUUCAUCAUUAACGAGAAGAUGAACGCUAAAGUUUGGGAUCUCUUCUACCAAGCCGACCAGGUCAGGGCCAUGCUGACGAAAUUGAUCAAGGAGGAGUCGUUGCGGACGUAUUUGUUCACUUAUUCGCACGUCUACGAUUCUAUCUCUAUGGCAACACUGUCGGAAAUGUUUCAGUUGGAAAAGCCCGUCGUACAUUCCACCAUAUCCAAGAUGAUCAUCAACGAGGAGCUUAUGGCGUCAUUGGACGAUCCCACACAAACGGUCGUGAUGCACAGGAGCGAACCCUCCCGUUUACAGUCUUUGGCUCUGCAGUUGGCCGAUAAAAUCAACAAUUUUGUGGAUUCGAACGAAAGGAUUUUGGAGACGAAGCAAGGCAAUUUCUUCUUAAGAAACGCCAACCAGGGCAAUUUCAGAGGAGACAGACAGAACUAUCGCGGCGCUACUAACCAGAAUUGGGACAGACAACGUAGGGAAAGGAACAGGGACAAGGACAACUAUUAGUUUUAUAUUCAUUCUUAACUAUUUUAGGAAAAUUAAACACUUUUUGUAGUUGUGAGAAAAUUUAAAAGUAUUUCUUUGGAAUUUACGUAUUUAACAUA